GAUUUGUGUCUUAAAUCACUUAAUGUUAAUUUAUUCAUCCAAACGUUUGCUCUAGGUCUUUUGUGUCUGUCAUAAAACAAGCAGUAAUGUAUAGAUAAUAUUAAGCGGGGCUUAAUUUUAACGGAUUCACACGUUCGUUGCUGCUAUAACCGUUAGCACCGACGCCAUCUUUGAUUCGAGGGCCGGUCUUCACACCGAAAUACUCUCUGCAAUUACCCAUCAAUCCCCUGCAACGUAUGACCUGUCUCUGGCCUUGGCGUGUUGUGUGUGGAGCUGCUAGUUGUCAGUGGGCUGCCGGCCGGCUGUUUGAGUCGAUAAACUGUAGCUUUUCUGCCCGACUUGUCGGCUCGUACUCUGGGAACUGCUGCAACAGAGCGGAGCCACAAUGCUGAAAUGUAGGACCGUAUGGAAAAAGCUUGCACCUCUUGCUAGAGCCUCGUCAACCGUGUGCCGGCAAAAUGUGAGAAGAGCAGGGCUGAACAAUGGCAGAAUACCAGCGUGUGUGCCAGCGGCUCACAUGUCCUCCGGGCCCGGGGGGGGCGGUGGGGACAACCUAAAGUACGCCCUCCUGGUGGGAGCUACCUGCGUCGGUGGCCUCGCAUAUGGUAUUUUAACUGUGAAGGGAGACCAGAAACGAUUUGAAGAGCGAAUUGCAGAACUUGAAUCCAGACCACACAGAGCAGCUACAAAAGCUACAGCCACAGAGAUUCAGUCAGAAGCCCCUGCUGCAGAAACAGCUGAGGCUGAGGCCGUCCCUGAGGCCACGCCUUCCCCAGAGGAGCCCAGCGCCCCCCCAGAAGCAGCAGCAGCCCCGGCCGAAACGGCAGAAUCACCGCCAGCAGAGGAAGCUGUGAUCGAAGCAUCACCAGAAGAGGCAGCUCCCCCCGCUGCUGCUCCUGUAGUUGAGGAGGAACCUCCAUCUCCCCCUGAGCCCCCCCCAGCAGAGCUCUCAGAGCCGGCCCCGGCUGUGGAGAGUGUCGUUAACGAUCCGGUUAUACUAACAGAACCCGCCGUGGCAGCAGAACCGCCCGCAGCAGAACCGCCCGAGCCUCAGCCCCAAGUCGAGGCUCUGAGUGCGGACUCCACUCCCGCCUCCACUAAGGUGCCCACUCACGCCCCCUACCUCCUCAUCGGUGGAGGUACAGCCUCUUUUGCUGCUGCCCGAUCCAUUCGAGCCAGAGACCCCGGUGCCAAGGUACUGAUUGUGACCGAUGAGCCAAACCUGCCGUACAUGAGGCCUCCUCUUUCCAAAGAGCUGUGGUUCUCCGAUGAUCACAGUGUGACGGAAACUCUGCGUUUCAAACAGUGGAAUGGAAAAGAAAGGAGCAUCUACUUCCAGCCUCCAUCAUUCUAUAUUAAUCCUGAAGAUUUGGAUAGUGCUGAAAAUGGCGGGGUGGCUGUUCUUGCAAGCAAAAAGGUGGUUCACAUGGAUGUGAGGGGGAACAAAGUAAAACUGGAUGACGAUACGGAGAUUUCAUACGACAAGUGUUUGAUUGCUACCGGCGGUAUUCCACGAAAUCUACAGGUCAUCGAAAGAGCAGGAGAGGAAGUGAAGGACAGGACAACCUUGUUCCGCAAGAUUGAGGACUUCAAAGCCCUCGACAAGGUCUCAAGAAACAUGAGUUCCAUCACUAUCGUGGGAGGUGGUUUCCUAGGCAGCGAGCUGGCCUGUGCGCUUGGAAGGAGAGCAACUGAGACUGGGCUGGAGGUGAUCCAGAUGUUCCCAGAGAAGGGAAACAUGGGAAAGGUGCUGCCUGAGUAUCUGAGCAACUGGACCACAGAAAAAGUCAAAAGAGAGGGUGUAAAAGUCAUCUCGGAGGCAUUGGUGAAAUCUGUUAGCUUCAAAGAAGAUAAGCUAGAAAUCCAGCUGAAGGACGGCCGAUUGGUGAAAACCGAUCACAUUGUCGCCGCGGUUGGCCUGGAGCCGAACGUAGACCUCGCCAAGUCUGCAGGCCUGGAGGUGGACUCUGACUUCGGCGGCUAUCGGGUCAACGCGGAGCUGCAAGCUCGGUCCAACAUCUGGGUGGCAGGAGAUGCGGCGUGUUUCUACGACAUCAGGCUGGGCCGCAGACGAGUGGAGCACCACGAUCACGCCGUUGUCAGCGGGAGACUAGCAGGAGAGAACAUGACGGGAGCCAGCAAACCCUACUGGCAUCAGUCCAUGUUCUGGAGUGACCUGGGUCCUGACGUGGGCUACGAGGCCAUCGGGAUCGUGGACAGCAGCCUCCCGACCGUGGGCGUGUUCGCUAAAGCCACGUCCAAGGACACGCCCAAAGCUGCCACGGAGAAGUCAGGGACGGGAAUCCGCUCGGAGAGUGAGACGGAGGACACGGCCACCAGCCCAGUGGCCUCCACAGCCCCCGCCCCCCCCACCGCCCAGCACCGGGACGACUACGGCAAAGGGGUCAUCUUCUACCUGAGGGACAAAGUGGUGGUCGGUAUUAUCCUGUGGAACGUGUUCAACCGAAUGCCCAUCGCAAGAAAGAUAAUCAAGGACGGAGAAGAACACGCAGAUCUAAACGAAGUGGCCAAACUGUUUAACAUCCAUGAGGAUUAGGAUCCAGCGGAGGCUGAAGCUCAGGGGAGCGAGUUAGGCUUCGCGUGAAGACUGAACUCUGGCACUGAUUGCCACAUCCAUUCAGAAACAAGUGCUCGUGCAAACCAAAUGGGAGGUUCAUUGUAAAUUAUGUCGCUGAAAUAUUUUCAUAUUUGUAUCUGCCGCGCUGUUUGUUCUCGUUUUAUUUCUUCAAAGGGUACCGUUGGACUUCCCUCCACCUGUGUGAUUGUCACUCAUCCCACCCCCCCUCCCCCCCCCUUCCACCAGGCUGAAACGCGUCCCUCUGUGUGAUCACAGCAGCUCGUUUCAAAGAAGAGCUGCAAUAAAAGAUAUUUUUAAAUCUGAGCCAACCCUUCAUUUUCGCUCCGACUCUGAGCUGGCAGCAGAUAAGUUGACCCGCGUUCGGAAAAGUGAUUGUUUUGAUAGUUGUUAAAGACAAAUGUGUGCGCCGGAGCAUCUGUCCGGAGGCGUUUCAAUCAGUGUGGAAGACUUACUGUGGACACACAUGCAACUUCCAGCGUUUCAGCUUCAAAACUGUGAGGUAGCAGUGAUCUUCUGCCAACACUUAUUGGUGGUUUAAAAGGGGAUGAGUGUCCAUGUGAAGAGACCACCUGAUAAGCGUAUUUUAGAAGUGAGUAAAUCCAACAGACACUCCCAUAAAACAUCACUGAAAUGACUUUGGCCUACUUAACCCGUCGGGGGUGGGGUGGGUUAAAAAGAGCAGGGAUGCAGAAGUGUUGUUUUUUUUCUUUUGUUGUCUUUUUCUUUUCCUCACUUAGGGGGCUUCUUGUUAUUAUGAUGGCUCUCAUGUCAUAUUUCCUCUCACGUUCCUGAUCUCAUUUGACACCGUGGUCUCCAGAGCAAAGUGUGGAAGAGGCUUUCAAGUGUGAGGCAAACACGUGCAGCCAUAACGUCCCAUCGCGUCCUCUGACAUUAAUUUUACAUGAGUAAAUGGCUGAACUGCCGCCUCCUCUGUAUGGAGGAAUAAACAUGAGCUUUCACAUUUGUAUUUAAAUUGGUCUGGGGAUUUAAAGACACGAUAAUUACAUCCGAAAAAAUCUGACAGAAAAGCUAAAGAUAAAUAACUUCUAAAUGGGAACUGGCACUAAAAGAGAUGUUACAUAUGAAUUUGAUGUCUUUUUGGUUUGAAAAUCAAUUCCAACCCG